UUUAUCUUAUUUGUCUUUCAUAACUUUUUCUGUGUCCUAAAAUCUCUUCUAUAUUAUUCUUUUUAGAAAAAGAAAUGUAUUCUAAAUUGGAGUUUGAGAUAUCUCCCCCAAACCAUAGCUUAUAUACUCCCGUUGCCAUUGGCUCAUAGGCCAUAAGGCCAUAGAAGAUGGAACUUAACUCCUUCCUCUUGCUUUGCAUGCCACUGGUCCUGUGCCUCUUCUUCCUUCAAUUUCUGCGCCCAUCAUCCCACGCUACCAAGCUACCGCCUGGCCCGACUGGCCUCCCCAUUUUGGGCUCCCUACUCCAAAUUGGCAAACUUCCUCAUCACUCACUUGCAAGAUUGGCGAAAAUCCACGGUCCUCUCAUCACCCUCCGCCUUGGGUCCAUCACCACCGUCGUCGCCUCCUCUCCCCAGACAGCCAAACUAAUUCUCCAAACACAUGGCCAGAAUUUCCUGGACCGUCCUGUUCCCGAGGCCAUCGACAGUCCUCAAGGCACAAUCGCAUGGACUCCUGUGGACCAUGUAUGGCGCAGCCGCCGCCGUGUUUGCAACAACCACUUGUUCACAUCCCAGAGCCUGGACUCACUCCAACACCUUCGAUACAAAAAGGUGGAACAACUUCUCCAACAUAUCCGUAAGCAUUGUGUUUCCGGUACACCAGUGGAUAUCGGCCUACUCGCCUCUGCCACCAACUUGAACGUGCUAUCAAACGCCAUUUUCUCUGUUGACCUUGUUGAUCCAGGAUUUGAGUCGGCUCAGGAUUUCAGGGAUCUGGUGUGGGGAAUCAUGGAGGGUGCUGGCAAGUUUAAUAUUUCAGAUUAUUUUCCCAUGUUUCGAAGGUUCGAUUUGCUAGGUGUGAAGCGUGACACUUUUUCAUCUUAUAGAAGGUUUUAUGAAAUAGUUGGUGAUAUAAUCAAAAGCCGUAUCAAGUGUAGAGCCUCCAAUCCAGUGACCAGGAAUGACGAUUUCUUGGAUGUGAUUCUCGAUCAGUGCCAAGAAGAUGGUUCUUUAUUCGAUUCUGAAAAUAUCCAGGUUUUGAUUGUGGAAUUGUUUUAUGCUGGAAGUGAUACAUCUACCAUAACAACUGAAUGGGCAAUGACUGAAUUUCUUCGAAAUCCAGGGGUGAUGCAAAAGGUUCGGCAGGAACUUAGCGAAGUAAUCGGGGCAGGUCAAAUGGUUAGAGAAUCAGAUAUGGAUCGACUUCCAUAUUUUCAAGCUGUUGUGAAAGAGACACUCAGACUCCAUCCGGCUGGGCCCCUUCUGUUACCUUUUAAAGCAAAGAAUGAUGUGGAAUUAUCCGGUUUCACCAUACCCAGUAACAGUCAUGUCCUUGUGAAUAUGUGGGCUAUUGCAAGAGAUCCAAGUUAUUGGGAGGAUCCUUUAUCCUUCCUUCCUGAAAGAUUCUUGGGCUCUAAGAUAGAUUAUAGAGGCCAAGAUUUUGAAUAUAUACCAUUUGGAGCUGGUAGGCGAAUCUGCCCAGGCAUGCCUCUUGCCGUCAGAAUGGUUCAACUAGUGUUAGCUUCCAUUAUCCACUCCUUCAACUGGAAGCUUCCUGAAGGAACAACCCCACUGACCAUUGACAUGCAAGAACAUUGCGGAGCUACCUUGAAGAAGGCCAUUCCUCUUUCUGCCAUUCCAUUUAUAGAAGAAAAUUAAGAUCGACUCAUCAUGAGUCCAUCUUUCUUCCUUUAAUAUGGGACUGUUGUGGCUACCUAUCUUUCUAUCUAUGCAUACACAUAGCUAGAAUGCCUUGUGCAUUGCAGUCACCGUGAUAUUAUAGCUAGCUCACUUGACUUGAUAUAUCAUCCUAGUGGCCGGUCAUCUUGAAUGCAUACAUAUCUUUUUAUUCCGCA